AUGAGGCGUGGAACGGUCCGGGAGGAGGCGGAGGCGCCGGGAGAGUGGCGGGACCCGGCCCCGACCCUCGGUAACCCCGACCUUGGCCCCGAGGAACGUAUCGCCGCCCGCCGGCGCCGCAUCGCCGCCCGUCUCGAUGCCGGUCCUUCCCUGCCCCACAGCGACACCGAGCACCUCACCUUCCCCCCAAAGCCCAUGGAGACUCUUGGAGAAGAUGAGGAGCCAGAGGUGGCUGUGGAGGAGGAAGAGCAGAGAAAGAGCCACAAGCAGAUUGAGGAGAGCAGGCAGAGGCUGGCCAAGCUGCUCUUCGAUGGCACGCAGAUGGUGACAGAUAUCCAGGUGGCUGCUGACUUGAGGGAAACGCAGAGGAGGGCAGAGGAGGCAGAGCUGAAGCUGCAGAGGGUGGAGAAACUGGAGAAUGAAGCUGACUCUGGCACGUUCAAAUUUGAGGAGAUCACCUCCAAAUGGGCCUUGGCCGAGGAGAUGAAGGUCCCGCAGGAGCUGUGGCAGCUGCUGAACCAACAGCAGGAGCAGUGUGCCCUGCUUCUGGAGAAGAAGAACGAGCUCAUCAGUGACCUGCAGCAGGAGCUGAAAAACAAAGACGAGCAAUACGUGCAGGCCAUCAAGAAGCAGUCAGAUGACAUCCACCUGCUUUUGGAGAGAAUGGAGGAACAGAUCAGGCUCCUGCUGAAAACCUACCGACACAAUCUCCUGCAGAUUGAGAAAACUUUUGAGCUGGAACGGCAAGAGCUGCUGGACAACAAUAGGAAGAAGUGGGAGGAAGGCAUCCAGGCCCACAACACACAGGAGCUGGAAUACCUCCGUGGCCGGAUGAAGAAGAUGGAAGAGUUUGAGAAACAGCUGCAUCAGCUGCGGGUGCAGGACGAGGAGGAGUAUAACAGCAUGAAGAUCCGACCCCAGAACGACGUGGAGCACCUGGAGAGGCAGCUCCAACAGUUCAAAGCCAUCUAUCUGCUGAACCAGGAGAAGCUGGAUUACAGCCUUCAGGUGCUGAAGAAGCAGGAUGAGGAGAACACCAUCAUGAGAUCCCAGCAGAGGAGGAAGCUCAACCGGCUCCACAGCUUGCUCAAUAAUCUGAAAACAAAGCUGGCCAACCAGGAGAAGCAGUUCAGGGAGGAGAACCAGAGCCUGGCAGCUGACUGCAAGCGCAUCGUGGGGCAGUGCAAGGAGGCGCAGAGGAGCAUGAGGCACUUUGCUGUCAGCGAUGCCCAGAAGUUCACAGAGGUCUGGCUUAUGAACGAGGAGGAAGCCAAGGGGCUGAUGAGGAAAGCUCUCGACGCAGAUCGCAUCAUUCACGCCCAGCAACUGGGGCUGCCCUGGGAAGAGCCCAAUUACUGGUUCCUGCACAAUGUGGGCCCCCUCAAGCGUUACAAGGUGAAGAGGAUGGCCACCAAGCUGGCUGCGGAGGUCAUGACAGAGAGCAGCUCUGGGGGACAGGAGGAGGAAGGGAGGAAGAAGGAGAAGGAAGAAGAAAGCAGUGGAGAAGGAGUAAAAGAAAAGGCAGUGAAGGUUGAGGACGGGGUCACACCUCUGCGGAACAUCUCCAAGAAGACUGCCAAGAGGAUCCUGGAGCUCGUGAGCGAUGAGUCGGGUUUCCUCAUUGAGAAGAAGCUGCUGAAGCCCCUGAAUGCGCUGGGGAGGCCCGAGCGCACCCUCAUGAAGCUCGACUCCAUCUUUGCGGCUCUCGGGAUCGACACUGAAGAUGACCUGUACCAGCUGGUGGAUUUUUUCCAGAAGUACAAAGCCCAGGAGGUGGCUCUCAGCCAGAGCCAGGACAGCCCGGGUGGAGAAGGUGUCACGGAUCCAGCUGAGGACAGAGGGGACGAUGGAUCAGGUGCUCAGAGGGACGAGCUCAAAUCCCCUGGGACCUCACCAGGCUCCCUUCCAUCUCUGCACGUCCACGCUGAUGAGGUCCUAAAGAUCCUGAAAAUGUUUGUGCAGGAUUUUGAAAAACCAAGGGAGAAGGACAGACCAGCAAAGGAGGUGCCACAGGUGCCAGAGAGCUCUGAGGACGGGCAGUACUGGGCAUCCCUGGCACAGGUUAUCCCCGAGCCCACCCUGAAGCUGUGGGACGCGCUGGCGGUGGCACUGGAGGAAUAUUACGAGGUCCUGAUGAGGAGGUCCACCCUUCUGACCGAAACAGCCGUCCUGCAGCAGCAGAACUCAGAGCUCUACCUUCUGCUGAAGGAGUACGUCAGCUCUGGGGUGAACUGUCACCCCCCGUGAAGUGGAGAGACUUGAACAUGUCCUGGUCUGGGGGAGCACGGUGAGUGCCCAUGGCCAGGGCACAGCUUCUUCUCUGUCCCCACCUCAAGUUGUGCCCGGAGCCAGGGCUUCCUGGCAGGAAUUAAUAAACCCUUCCCAAACCUG